AUGGUGGUAACUUUAGAUAGAAUAUUCAGACAAGAUGGAGAAAAUAUCCAACAACAAAGAUUUCGUCAACUUUUGACAAAUCUAAGAGAUGCAAACCCAAUAAUUGAUGAUUGGGAGUUGCUUAUGAUGAGAAUCCCUAUUAAUUUAAAUGUUGCAACCAAUGAGGAGUUUGACAAUGCCAUCCAUUUGUUCUCUACUAAUGACAAUGUCCAUAAUCAUAACAAGAGAAUGUUGUAUUCCUUGAGGCAUCCUGUUGCACGCAGUGUUGCAACAAAGGUAGGAAGUGUUAAUGCAAUAGAAGAUUGUUCAGAUGAUGAACUUGAUCUAGAGUUAUUGAUUAGCAAUAAUUCAAGGGUGAUGUUGACUUCAAAUCUAUGGACAAAGGCCGGUCUUGUAAAUGGAGCUCUAGGGUAUAUUCGAAAGAUUGUCUACAAACCAGGAAGUGCUCCUCCUGAACCACCUACAUAUGUGAUGGCUGAAUUUGAUAAUUAUUUUGGAAUACCAUUUGAUGAUCAUCAUCCAAAUACAAUUCCAAUAACAACAAUACAGAGGGGUAGGACACUUCAAUUACCAUUAAGAUUGGCAUGGGCAUUGACAAUACACAAAUCUCAAGGGUUGACUCUUUCAAAAGCUACAAUUGAUAUAGGACCAAGAGAAAGAACAGGACUGACAUUUGUUGCAGUAUCUCGUGUGAAGUCUAUAGAAGGUCUUAGAAUAAUGCCACAAUUCACAUAUGACCAUUAUAAAAAAAUGAAAAAUGGCAAACAACUUUCCAAGCGGAAAGCUGAAGAAAACAGACUCAAAUUUUUAGAAGAUAAUUUGAUGUAA